UCUUAAUAAGCUUUGUGGAACAUAUAUAACAGACAGACUUGUAGUAGAUUAACGGCUUGGUAACCCUACUGAUAAUUAAUGAAAAUAUAAUUAAGUGGUAGCCAAUAAAAUUUCGGAAAAUUCAAUAGUUUUAAUAAAGUUUGUGUGAGUUGCCGAAUUUUCAGCAAAUUUAAUACUUCUAAUAAAUUCUACGAUAGAAGGUUUAUAUUAUGCCUUCCGGGGUUUAUCAACCAACAACUGUUUCUUAUGAAACUAGAAAUGGUUCUGGUCCUUUAGGACUAUUAGGACCAACAUCUUCAGUGGAUUCACCUUUGCGUGUAUUUCGCAAACCUCGUCCGCAAGUGGCGUUGUUAGUAUUUGGUGUGAUAUCAUUAGCAGCUGGUAUUGCUAUGCUAACAAGCAGUAUUGCUGAUUGGAUGGAGGGUGAUGAAUAUGACACAACUCAAUCAGAAAAUGAUAUCAGUACGUGUGAACCAUCACUUGGUUUAUUAUUAGGUGGUGUUUUUAUGAGUUGCGUUGGUUUUACAGCUAUUGGUAUGUACAUUAAAGUAGCUGAUUGGCGUCGUAAUUGUGUCUGUCCUUGUCCGCUCUUGAAUAAAAAACAAACACUGGCACGUCAACUGCAAAGUCAGAGUAAUGGAGAAUGUGGCCAAGGAGCUAUUGCAUUAAAUCCAUCAACAGAUCCACUCGUUUCACAUACACAAUAUGCUCCAGUUUCUGAAUUGCCUUCGUUACGUGCAGAUGAUGAAGAACGAAGAAAUUUAAUGCCUGAUAGCAAGGAUUGCUUAAGCAGUGCUGAAGAAUCGGACCGUAUGCUUGAACCGGAUCCGCGUAUUGUACUCAGGCCAAUGGGACGAGUAGAAGAUGCUUAAUGUAAUUUACACAGAAAAUCUCAAAACGAAAAAUAUUCAUAAAUAAUUUAUAUAUAUUUUUUUACUUCAUUAAAUACUCGAAUUUAUGUAUAAGGUUAUAACUUGGAAUCAAAUUCAAAUUUAAUAAUUUUUACUGUGUCAUAACUUUAGUAGUUAUAGAUAAUAUCAAUAAUUAAGUUCAUAUCAUGAAAGACGAUUUUUUAAACAAUGUAUUAAUGCAAUAAUUGUGAAUAAGCUAAAAAAUGUUUUUGCUAUUUUAAGUGUGCACUUUUAAUGUACAGGAUACAUUAUUACAUUAUAUUUUACUUUAAAACAACAAUAUCUAAAUGUUAAAUAAAUAAUGUACUUAAAUGAAAUUUCACUCAAUAACUGCAAUUCGUUAGAUAUGCACGCAAGCUCAAUUUAAAUUAUUUACAUAUAUAAAUACUAAUUAGAUUAUAAAAUGAAUUAAGAAACCCAAAUUUAUUUCGAAAUUUGUAUAAAUACGCGCAAUAAAAUUGGAAAGCUUUUAUUAAACUAAGAUUUUAUUAUAUGAUAUUAUUAUAAAUUAAUUUUGCUUUUGACUUUUAUUACAUUUAAGAUGUUCAACAUUUAUAUUACUCAUUACGUUAGACUGUUUGCUUAGUACAAAAUUUUAACAUAUAUAUCUAUAUAUUUCUUAUUACUUAAGAUUUAAGUUCCCUUAAUGUUUUUUUAAUUCAAUUAUAUAUUAUUGAAAAUGUUUUGUAUGGUAAAUUUUGUAAGUAUCACUUUAUAUAUACUAAACAUAGAUUUUAUUUGUAUUUAUUUAUUGAUUUGUGUUGUAUUUGUAUUGGUGGUGUAUUUUGUUCCACUGGUAAAUGUUUUUUUUUUGUUAGAUUUAAAAUGUCUAAAUAUUUUUUACUAUAUGUAAUAUUCUUUGUUAGUUAAUAUUGUUUUUUUAUCUUAAACAAUUUUAUAUCAAGGAAACUAUAUUGUUUUCGAAAUUUGGUUCAUGAUAAAUAAAUCAAAACACAAUUCU